CUUCUUCUUCUUCGCCUCCUCGGCGACAUCAUCGUCCUCGAAUCACCCGAACUUCUCUCCGCUGUUUAUGCUUCGGACGGAUCGUCGGGACAUGUCGUGUGGGGAAUCUGAUUCGCGCGCGUAGCAUUUAGAGACGAGAUUUCUUCCAGGAAGAAGCUUCCAUCAAUCAGGUCCCUCUCGUGGAGUUGGCCAUUGUUGCUGCGAUUCGAUGCUGACGCAGAGGGCUUUGGAUAAGAUUCCGCGGCGUGGCGCGCUCUUCGGUCGCGAGGUUGUUUCGCUGAAGGGCAACAUGAGAGGAGCUUCUGCGUUUGUCAGUGCAUCGGGCACUCAAGGUGGUGUGCCGGAGAGGCUUUCUUCCGGCUCCCGCGCAUCCAUGGCUGAUGAAGAAGGAGCUGACGAUUGUUCUCCCGAGGGUAGCGUUCGCUAUUCGCGGCACAGGAGCGAUCAGGGAUACUCAGUACCUUGGAGUCGGUACUCAAGCAAUAGGUAUCGGGAUACAUUAUUCAAUCAAACAUGUGGAAGUUUGGGUUGGUAUCUUAAGGCCACAAAUAACGUCAAUGUUUGUGAUGCUCGGUGUUUCUCAACUCGUGAUUAUACCAGCCAUUGUGUUGAGAAGAAUACAAGGGAGGGCGGUAAGCUUUUAGGAAGCAUUCCAAGGUAUGUGAAGAUCGUAGAAGUUGGUCCGAGGGAUGGAUUGCAAAAUGAGAAGGACAUUGUGCCUACUAAAGUAAAGGUUGAGUUGAUAAAAAUGCUAGUCUCUUCAGGUUUGCCUGUUGUUGAGGCCACGAGUUUUGUCUCACCAAAAUGGGUGCCGCAGCUAGGAGAUGCAAAGGAUGUUAUGGAAGCAAUUCGAAAUGUUGAAGGUGCUAGAUUUCCUGUAUUAACUCCUAAUCUUAAAGGAUUUGAAGCUGCAGUUGCAGCAGGAGCCAAGGAAGUGGCUGUCUUUGCUUCCGCUUCAGAAUCGUUUUCCAAGUCAAAUAUAAAUUGCAGCAUAGAGGAGAGUCUUAAACGUUACCAUGAUGUUUCUCUUGCAGCUGAGAAGGCCUCAGUUCCUAUCCGCGGAUACAUAUCAUGUGUUGUGGGGUGUCCAGUGGAAGGAAAGGUACCUCCAACGAAAGUCGCAUAUGUGGCAGAAAAGCUAUAUGAUAUGGGUUGCUCUGAAAUAUCUCUUGGAGAUACAAUCGGUGUCGGUACUCCUGGUUCUGUGGUCCCAAUGCUUGAAGCUGUUAUGAAUGUUGUCCCUGUUGAUAAGCUAGCUGUUCAUUUUCACGAUACUUAUGGACAGGCUCUUUCAAAUAUUUUAGUAUCCUUACAAAUGGGUAUUGCAACAGUAGAUUCAUCAGUCGCUGGCCUUGGGGGUUGUCCAUACGCUAAAGGUGCAUCUGGGAAUGUUGCAACGGAGGAUGUUGUUUACAUGCUAAAUGGACUUGGAGUGAAGACCAAUGUGGACCUCAGGAAGGUCAUGUUAGCUGGGGAUUUCAUCUGUAAGCAUCUGGGACGUCCGUCACGUUCGAACACCGCAACUGCCCUUAGCACAAGCACAGCUCAUGUGUCUAAGCUUUAAGGUACUUGAGAGAGCCAUAACAUUUCUUGCUUACUUUCAAGUUUUAAGCUGUGGUAACUGUACUGCGACACAUAAAGCAGGGGCAAAUUCCCCGUUUCAUUUAAA